CGGUCGUGCUUUGGAAGUUUGAAUUUGAGUGGCAAUUUUUAAGUACAAAUUAGUUAACAUAAGUAGCAACCAUGUUUCGGUUUAGCAAACGUAGUUUUGCAAAGUUCAAAGAACAGGUUACCACCCGAGGAUCGUUGAUAGGAAGGAUUAGCAGUGAACUACCCAAGCGUAGUUUGUCUUCGGGAUCUAGUCUGCCGGAAAGUGCGGACGUAGUGAUUAUCGGAGGUGGAUCAGCUGGAUGCAAUACGCUGUAUCAGCUAACGAAGCGAGGCAUCCGAGCUGUUUUGCUGGAAAAGGCAAAGCUAACUGCGGGAACCACAUGGCAUACGGCGGGGCUGGUGUGGCGCUUGCGGCCCAACGAUGUGGAGAUCAAACUGCUGGCAGCUACUCGUAACCUGCUGAUGAGCUUGGAGGAAGAAACCGGGUACAAUUCGGGAUGGAUCAACAACGGUGGGCUGUUCAUCUCUCACUCCGACGAACGUCUGGAUGAAUAUAAGCGAUUGGCCACACUUGGAAAGUGUUUUGGGAUUGAAAGCCAAAUUCUAACACCGCAUGAAGCUCAGCAGGUAUUCCCAUUGCUUGAUCCGGAGUCCUUCACCGGGGCUCUGUAUUCUCCGGGAGACGGAGUUGUCGAUCCUGCGAUGAUGUGUACAGCUCUGACGAAAGCUGCUUCAGCGAAUGGAGGAACUGUAGUGGAGGAUUGCUCGGCUAGUAAGAUCGUCACAGGAGAGAAUCUACUGGGAGUUAAAGAUGUUAGAGGUGUGGUCACUAACAAGGGAACGAUCCGGACCAACACGGUUGUGAACGCAACUGGCGUAUGGGGAAGAGAUCUUAUCGAACCAUUAGGUAUCCAUCUACCACUAAUUCCUAUGAAGCAUGCUUACGUCGUUUCGGAAACGAUGGACGGCAUUCACCAAAUGCUUCCGAAUGUCCGAGACCAUGACUACUCGAUAUAUUUCCGCAUCCAAGGAAAGUCCAUCUGCAUGGGAGGUUACGAGAAUAACCCGGUUUUGCUCAACCGAAUUCCGGAAGAUUUCCAUUUCGGAUUGUAUGAUUUGGAUUACUCGGUGUUUGAUACCCACAUUCAGGGUGCGGUAAAGCUUUGCCCAGAAUUUGGCACGGCGGGUAUUAAGAGUACGAUAUGUGGUCCGGAAUCGUUUACACCCGAUCAUAAACCAUUGAUGGGCCCGGACCCCUUGAUCAAUGGGCUGUUCCACAACUGUGGUUUCAAUUCGGCUGGCAUGAUGCUGGGUGGCGGAUGUGCCGAGCAACUGGCCCAAUGGAUCAUUCACGACAGACCGGACCUGCACAUGUUUGCGUACGACGUUCGACGGUUCACCCCGAAGCAGAAGAAAGCGCUGAACUGGGCCACCGAGAGAAGUCAUGAAGCGUAUGCCAAGAACUACAGUAUUGUGUUUCCCCAUGACGAACCGCUCGCUGGCAGAAACUUUACCGUGGAUCCGUUCCACAAGCAAAUGAUCCAACAUGGAGCCGUGAUGGAGGAACGACAUGGUUGGGAACGACCGGGAUACUUCCUACCUGAGGAUACUGUAGUCGUUCAACCGUACGACUGGUAUGGAUUCUACGAUUAUCCUAAGAACACAAAUACCAACUAUGAGGAAGCGUUGAAGAAGGACUACUCUUUUGGUUUCCCGGAACAUCAUGAUUUGAUUGGAGAAGAAGCGUUGACUUGUCGGCAGGAGGCAGCCGUUUUCAACCUGAGUUAUUUCAGCAAGCUGUUCCUUACCGGCAGUCAGGCCAAGGAAGCCGCUGAGUGGAUCUUUACUGGGGAUUUGAAUAAGCCCGUCAAUAAGACUGUCUACACUUGCGCCUUAAACAAACGUGGUGGCGUUGAAGCUGAUGUCACUGUUAGCGUUGUCGAAUCUGGCCAAGGUGAACUGCACGAUCCUAUCUUUAAGGGACGUGGCUACUAUAUUGUAGCUGGUGGAGCAUCUGCCUAUCAUACCAAGUCGCACAUCUGGUCCACAAUCCAGGAGAAGGCCCUACGUGCGGUAGUUACCGAUCAUACCGAAGAAUUGGGCGUAUUGUCCAUCCAAGGACCAAAGAGCCGAGAGAUCCUUCAAAAGAUCACCGAUUUCGAUCUCAACGAUGAAGAGCUCCUUCCACCGAAUUCCACUGCCAUUUUGAGCAUCCAAAUCAACCCUUUCUAUAAGUGCAACGUGCGAGUUCUGCGAGUGAGCUUCGUCGGAGAGUUGGGAUACGAGUUGCACAUCCCGGAGGAGAGCUGCAACGAUGUGUACAAUGUACUGAUGAAGGCCGGGUAUAAGGAAGGACUCCGGAACGCCGGUUAUCGUGCGCUGUACUCGUUGAGCAGCGAAAAGGGCUACCAUCUGUGGGGAUACGAUUUGCGAUCGGAUGACACACCGGUCGAAGCGAAUCUCGGAUUCACCUGUAGGAAGCGUGGCGAUUACCAAGGACGAGCCGCUAUCGAGAGACAACUGGAACAUGGUGUGAACAGGAAGUUGGCCUUCUUCACUCUCAACGAACAGGUUCCGAUUUGGGGAUUGGAAGCUGUAUACCGAAACGGAGAGAUUGUAGGCCAUCUGCGGCGAGGCGAAUAUGGCUACACUCUGCAGAAACCCAUUGGACUAGCGUACGUCACUCGCAAGGAUGGAGACUUUGUGACCAACGAAUACAUCAAGAGUGGCCAGUACCAGAUAGAAAUCAUGGGUAAACUCUACGAUGCCCAGUGCCAUCUCAGAAGCCCAUUCGAUCCGAAAGGCAAACGGAUAUUGGGCAUUUAUAAAUAAAUUAAAAUUGCUUGUGAAACAAUUUUACAGCUACUUCUUAA